UUGCAAUAUUUAGCAAUCUAGUUUAUUAUCUACAUCUGUGCUACAAUCAAAGUUUGAAAAAUGAAAACCCUCCAACAUGACAUUACAUGGCCAUCAUGAGGUUUUGUCAGAAAAACUAUAUUAUAAUAUUGUGACAAUGCAUUCGCGGGAAUUCGAAUAAACGAGGGUCAAAAUUUGAUAACAAAUACGAUUAUAUCACGGAAUAUUUUAAUUUUUUAAACUUGAGGAGGUACCUACUUUUAAAUUAUAAUGAUUAUUUUCGGAUGUCCGUCGUUCGUGGACUAUGGUCCAUUGAUCCAUACUCUAUAGUCGGUCAUUUAAAUAUUAAAUAUAAGACUGAAAGUUAUUUCAUAACGAGUUUUUCAAAAAUUGUAAUUAAAAAAUGAUUUUUAACUUUAUAUAACUAAAUUUAUAAAAUAAUGAAGUUUCGUGGUAAAAUUAUUGAUCCACAUUGCAUGAAACAAUUCUACAGUAUUGUGAUUAUUUUAUCCAAAUUAUGUAGAAAUGUAGUUUUGAGACUGAGUUCUACUAAAUUAUACUUAAUCGCUUCAAAUGAAUCUAACAGUAAUCAAAUCAGCGUUUGGUCUGUAUUAGACCAACAGUCAUUUUUCAAAGACUAUGACAUGAUUGGUGAAACAGAAUCUAAUGAAAUUUUAUUCAGUUUACCAAUUGAUAUGCUUGCAUCUUCACUGAGUUCAGCAAAACAAACAAACUUGAAAACUCUCAAGAUGAAACUUACUGAUAAACUAUCGCCAUGUCUAACUAUCGAAUUGGAUCUGGAAUCCCAAGUAUCUAGUAAACAGUUAUGUACUCAUGAUAUUCCAGUUUCUGUUAUACUACCAAAAGAUUGGUCAGCAUAUAAGGAGCCAACCAUACCUGCUCACAAUAUUAGUGUUGUUAUGCCAUCAAUACGAGUAGUACGACACAUUGUUGACAAGAUGAAACGCAUAGGUCCCAGGUUAAUAGUAACAUUAGAUUCUUCUGGGAAAAUGGUUUUAGGAGUAUCAAAUUUAUCAGCCACAGUUGACACACAUUUCAUAGGUCUUGAGAUAGUUAGCAUACACAAUUCAACUGAUAAAGAAAACAAAUAUUCUACAAUAGUUGAUAUCAAAAAAUUUUCACAAUUUUUAAAUUGUGAAACAUUAAAUUUGUCAAAAAUAUUAUGUCAUGUAGUAGAAGGAAUGCUGUUACAUUGCUCAAUAGAAGAAGAUGAAUAUGUAUUACAUUAUUUCUUGAGUGGAAUUGAUGAUUAACAUGAAUAUAUUAUCGGGAAAUAAAUAUUUAAA